GUCUUUCCCCACAGGAUAAAUCGAGUCUCAACUCAAGGAGGCUGAAAGCCUCUGAUCGCAGGAGGGGCGCAGGGCCAAAGGUGCGAGGCCGGCAGCUCAGCCCUGAGGCAGGGCGGCGCUAGGACCCAACGGCGUCGGCGGAAGGAAGGCAGGCGGCAGCGGGCUUCCGGGCUUUAGGGCUGCCGAGCCAGGUAUCGAACCUAGGACCUUGUACUUGCCAGGCAGCGCUGUGCCACUGAGCUAAAUCCUCAUCCCUCUCACCUGCUUUUAAAAGCCCUCUUCUCACUGACCUGGACUCUGUUGUACCGAGGGUCCCUGGCUGCUGCCCACUGUCAUGCGAACACCCUGCCCAUGGUCCUGACACUCCGGCCCCACCCACAGCACCAUGACCUCAGUGAGGACCCCGGGCCCCUCAGCUGGCCAGACCUACGCCAUCCCUCUCAUCCAGCCAGACCUGCGGCGGGAGGAAGCCAUCCAGCAGGUGGCCGAUGCCCUGCAGUACCUCAAAGAGGUCUCAGGAGACAUCUUCAGCAGGAUCUCCCAGCGUGUGGAGCUGAGCCACAGGCAGCUGCGGGUGCUUGGGGAGCGGAUCUCCAAGAGCCAGGCCAAGAUCGAGAAGCUCAAGGGGAGCAAGAAGGCCAUCAAGGUGUUCUCCAGCGCCAAGUUCCCGGCCCCUGAGCGCCUGCAGGACUACAGCUCAGUCUUCUCAGGCGCACAGGACCCGGGCCUCCAGCCAAGGCCGCGCCGUCGCAUCCAGAGCAAGCACCGGCCACUGGACGAGCGGGCCCUGCAGGAAAAGCUGAAGUUCUUCCCUCUGUGUGUGAACACCAAGCCAGAGCCUGAGGAUGAGACCGAGGAGGGGCUCGGCGGGCUCCCCAGCAACAUCAGCUCCGUCAGCUCCCUGCUGCUGUUCAAUACCACAGAGAACUUGUACAAGAAGUACGUUUUCCUGGACCCACUGGCAGGGGCGGUCACGAAGACCCAUGUGAUGCUGGAGGAGGAGGAGAAGCUGUUCGAUGCCCCUCUGUCCAUCAGCAAGAGAGAGGAGCUUGAGCGGCAGGUCCCUGAGAACUACUUCUAUGUGCCAGACCUCGGUCAGGUGCCCGAGAUUGAUGUGCCAUCCUACCUGCCUGACCUGCCCGGCGUUGCCAAUGACCUCAUGUACAGUGCCGACCUGGGCCCAGGCAUUGCCCCCUCUGCCCCUGGUGCCAUCCCGGAGCUCCCUGCCUUCCAGACAGAGGUGGACACACCUUUCAAGGCUGACCUAGAGGGUGGGGUGCUCAUAGCACCCCCCCCACCACCGCCACCGCCACCGCCACCUCCACCUCCGCCAGCUCCUGCAGUGCUGGCCAGCGCACCUGCAGGCCUACCCCUGCAGACUGCAGCCACGACCAGUGCAGGCCCUGCUGAAAGUAGCAGCAGCACCCCUGCUUCAGCACCUGUCCAGGUGGCUCCUAAGGAGGUGGUGGACCCCUCCAGCGGCCGGGCCACCUUGCUGGAGUCCAUCCGCCAAGCUGGGGGCAUCGGCAAGGCCAAGCUGCGCAGCGUCAAGGAGCGCAAGUUGGAGAAGAAGAAGCAGAAGGAGCAGGAGCAAGUGAGAGCCACGGGCCAGGGCGGGGACCUGAUGUCAGAUCUCUUUAACAAGCUGGUCCUGAGGCGCAAAGGCAUCUCUGGGAAAGGCCCUGGGCCAGGGGCCAGUGAAGGUGCAGAAGGAGCCUUUGCCCGCAUGUCGGACUCCAUCCCCCCGCUGCCACCCCCACAGCAGCCCCCGGGAGAGGAAGACGAGGAUGACUGGGAGUCCUAGGGGCUCGGACCCCUUGACCUCCUGCAGCCCAACUUUGCCCGUUCUUGCGAGCAUCCCAGUACUGUGCAGGGCCCUGUGGCUUCCCCAUGGCACAGCGCUGUCCUCUCUAAGGGGAGGAAACGCGCCAGGAACCAAUAAAGCGGGGCAGGAGAAGCUGCACAA